UGUCCGGAUUGGUUCUAAUUUAAUUGGAAAUCGAUCAACAUAUAUGUGUUAAAGAAUUCUUGUUACGAGUUUUUAUUCAUAUUUUUAUUAGUAAAACUUAUAGUAGCUUAUGGAACGCUUGUAUAAGUGUGGUUUAUAUAAUAUAUAACGAUGGCAGGACUUACAAAAAAACAGGUGUUAGUCAUCAUAGGAAUGCUGUUUAGCAACAUUUCUGAUGGAUAUAUUUAUGGUCAAUUAUCUGGCAUGAUAGAUGCACUGCGUGCUCCAGACAGUCCCAUACCUGUUACAGAAGAGGAUAUUUCUUGGAUAGCCUCAAUACUGAACCUGAUGGGUGUCUGCGGUUUUGCCCUUUUAGCCAUUACCGACCAGUUCAUGGGCCGUGGAAAAUCUGUCAUGUUCCUGAGUACACCCAUCCUUGCAACCUGGAUCAUGUUAUAUUACGCACAGAGCAAAGCCGUGCUGCUCAUAUCUCGAGUAAUAGUUGGCACCUUCUUCGGAAGCAUACUCACUGUAUCAUACGUGAACAUAGGCGAAUAUAUUUCUCCAGAUAAUCGUUCAUUGUACACGAACUUAGUGUGUGGUGCUGGACCCAUUCUAGGUAUAAUGAUAGGUCAUAUAUUAAGUAUUUUAUUCAACUGGAGACUCGUAGCACUCUUAGGAAUAAUUCCCACGAGUAUAUCAAUUAUUUUCCCAAUAUUUUGGGUCGAAAGCCCUUCUUGGUUAGCGUCAAAGGGACGUUUUGAAGAAUGUAGACGAGCAUUUGAAGUUUUACGUGGUUCUAGUAAAGAGGCUUGUGACGAAAUCGAUACAUUAAUAAUACAUGAAAAGACGAAGCAAAGAUCUUUCACAUUACAAAAUCGUCACACUAUGUUGUCUAAAUUAUUCAUAGCUAUUAAACACAAAUAUUUUUGGAAGAUCAUGGGUUUGAGUACUGUUAGUGUCAUUUAUAGAGUGGCUUCGGGUCGUGUUUUAUUUUCUACUUUCGCUAUAACUUUAAUGCAAGAAGUAACUGGCAGUUCAAAUAUUUUAUUAUUCACAGUGGCGGUGGAUAUGUUUACGAUAAGUGGUGUCUUGUGUUCUUGUUUUCUCAUAAAAAAACUUAAAAUACGAACAAUGAUUCUGACUCUUGGAAUAAUUUCAAAUACUGUUCUGAUUAUCCUCGCUAUUUGCUUAUGCUAUUUACCAACCGGUAACAUAUAUUUUUCAUAUAUGAAAGUUCUUCUGCUGGCCUCCUACUUUAUUAUCCUUAGUGCCGGUCCAUAUGCAGUUCUAGAAGCUAUAAUAAGUGAAAUAUUUCCAUUGGAAAUAAAGUCGUUUUGUUUGUUUUUACUAGGAGUCACGGCGUCUCCUUCUCAAUUCUUAUCAAUAAAAUUAGCACCGGGUAUGUUUUCUUCCAUAGGAUAUCACGGAGUUUUCUUUUUAAACGGGGGUAUAGUUUAUCUGUUAUUGUUUUACAUGUGGAUGUAUUUACCAGAAACAAAAGGUCGGUCUUUACAAGAGAUUGAAUCAUACUUUCGCCACGGUAGUUUCGAAGUCAAGAGAAGUAAUGAAACAGCUGAGAAAUUAAUAUCAGAUCACAAAAUUAACCCGUAAUUAUCGUAGCUAUUGUUAAAAUUAAUAAGUAAAAUUUCGUUUAAUUUAUAGGUAACGAUAUUUAUCUUCAUAAUUUUGUUUGAUUUAUUUCGACAAACAUCGUAAAUUAAUAUUAAUUAGUUUCAAUAAUAUGUGUUUAUAAAAUAAAGAUUUGAAACAAGUUCACAGAAUACCUAUGUAACGUACACACUAAUUGUUAUAAAUUAAAUGUUAAUAAAUUGUAUAUUUUAUACACAUUACAUAUUAUAUAUGUAUAUAAUAAAUUAAACUAAAUUAAAUCCCAGCACAGAAAUCAGCCUUUAUACAUAUCGAUGCUUUAUGCUACAAUUUAAUGCGGUUUACCAUUUUUCUUAAUUUUUAAAUAGAUAUUAGUGGUAAAAAUAAUUAAAAGUGGAAGGAUCAACAAAUUAUGUAUUGUUAAAUAUAUUCUGAGAAUGGACUGAAAAUAUUACGAAAUAUGUUAUGAAUAGCACCAUACUUAAG